UUUUUUAUAUACAGUGUCAGCGUGUUCUCCUGUGUUUCUUUCUUCGUCGUCGUGGUGAUGCACGAAAAGAUCAGUUUUAAGAAAACGAACGUUACUGAAACUGAAAGCUGGACUUAACGAGGUUAUAAUGGCUAAUAUUAACAUAAGAUUAAUAACUAAACAGCAACAAUAUGCUGUUCCAGAUUAUCCUUUGUCUGUAUUUACAUCCAUUACAACAAAUGAAUUAAAUAAUCUUGUAAAUGAACUUAUAAAAGAGUCUCGUCAAUUGGAUAAGAAGAUAGAUUUUGAUUUCCUAAUCUCAUCGCAGUUCUUACGUACUACAUUAGCUGAACAUAUAUCUGAAAAGGGUCUUUCUACCGAACAGGUUAUAGAUGUUGAGUAUAUUGAAAAACAUCAACCACCGGAGCCACAAUACUGUCUUAUUCAUGAUGACUGGGUUUCUGCAAUAGCUGUAUGCGACAAAUGGAUAUUAACAGGUUGUUACGAUAACACAUUACACAUAUGGUCAUUUAAAGCAAAACAUCAACUUUCGAUACCUGGACAUGGAGCUCCUAUCAAAGCAGUAGCGUGGAUAUCUUUGAAUGAAACAAAUGGAAGAUUUGUCAGUGCGUCACAUGAUCAAUCAACUAUAAUAUGGGAUUGGAAUAUCAAAAGCAAUUCUGUUGAUUGUAUUCAUGUAUGUCUCGGACAUGAGCGAGGAUUAGAAGCAAUUGAUGUGAAUUAUGAUAAAUCAUUAAUGGCGACAGGAUCGUGGGAUACGAUGUUGAAAAUUUGGUCAACGUCUUCACAGGAUGAAACAGAGGAUGGCGAACCUAAUGCAAAAAAAUUAAAAUCAGAUCAUGGAAAAACAAGAGUACCCAAAAGAACAAUGAAAGGUCACAAGGAAGCUAUCAGUGGUAUUACAUGGUCAGAUAAAACAGAACUUAUAACGUCAUCGUGGGAUCAUACUUUAAAAAUAUGGGAUUCUGAAUUAGGUGGAAUGAAGCAUGAAAUUAUGGGAAAUAAAAGCUUUUUUGAUCUUCAUUAUUCAGAAUUAUCUCGGACUGUUAUAACCGCAUCUGCUGACAAACAUGUCAGGUUAUAUGAUCCUAGAUCAACAGAAGGAGCAGUUGUAAAAUCUAUGUUUACUUCACAUACACAAUGGGUACAAACUGUUCGUUGGUCAACGGUAGAUGAACAUUUAUUCAUUUCAGGUGCAUGUGACAAUGAAGUCAAACUUUGGGAUACUAGAAGUCCUAAAGCACCCCUAUUCGAUCUUACUGGGCAUGAAGAUAAGGUUUUAUGUUGUAACUGGUCAAAUCCUAAGUUAAUAGUAUCAGGUGGUGCUGAUAAUACUGUAAGGAUAUUUAAAUCAAAACAAUUCGUGCAUUGAUUGUACUUUCAUCUUGUACAAUUUUAAAUGUAGAAAAUAUUUUACAUUUUUGUAAAAUUUAUAUCUAUAUAUAUAUAUAUAGAAAUAAUUUUGUUUAUUUAUUUGUUCAACAAAUAUUCAGUGCAAUGUAUAAAGUCAAAGUUCUUAAAGUUUUUCCUGUUAACUUUUUUCAUAUUUUAUGAUCGUAUUUACGAUUAUAAUUUAAAAGGAUAUACAUUAUUUUAAAAGAAAAAGUAGUAUAUAAGGACAUUGUACAAAAAGAAAAAGAAAACGGAAUUUAUAGUUGGGCUAUUUCUUCCGUAAUGUUAUAAAAUCGCUAAUGAAAAUAAUAGAACUUUAAUAAUGAUGUAUUAUUACCAGGAGAAAUUUUUGAGCGCAAACUUCUUUUAUUGCACAUAAACCAUCCAAAAUAUGUAAUUAAAAUGAUGUCACUGUAAAUGUUGAAAAUGAUAAGAUAACUUGCUUGUGUAUUUUGUAUUGGUAACAAAUCGAAGUACGGCUUGAACACGUUCCACAGUUAUUUAACCGUAUUAAAUAAAUUUUGUAAUA